CCGUUAAGUGGCGAAAAAAUUAUGGAGAAUAAUUCACCGGAUCUAUCCCUUUUCCCCCCAAAUUGGAUUGAAGGUAUGAUCUCUGUUACCUCCAACCAAUGCCUCCGCCCGAGCCGCCGAAGGACUACAAUCAUGUGCGGGCGCGGCGGGGCCAAGCCACUGAUAGCCACAGCCUCGCGGAGAGGGUGAGGAGAGAGAAGAUCAGUGAGAGGAUGAAGUUUCUGCAAGAUUUGGUCCCGGGCUGCAAUAAGGUGACGGAAAAAGCAGUUAUGCUUGAUGAGAUUAUCAACUACGUGCAGUCGUUGCAGCGCCAGGUCGAGUUCUUAUCGAUGAAACUCGCAACAAUGAAUCCACGCCUCGAGUUUAACAUGGACAAUAUCCUCCCUAAAGAUAUGCAUCAAGAAUGCGGAACAAUGCCGCCCCCGGUUUAUCCACUGGAGGCCGCCCCGACCCAGGCAUUUCCUUUUUCUCACCAACCGCAGGGGCACCACCACCCUCUUCAGAGCGUUGUGAACAAUGGCGUAGAGAUGCCAUUGAGCUCCUCGCUCCACCGAAGCCUCAGCAUGCCGUUUCCUCCCCUGGACUGAUUUGCAGAUGCUUCCUCUCAGCUUGGGACUUUCUGGGAAGAUGACCUGCAGAGUGUUGUGCAGAUGGGCUUUGGGCAGACUAAGGAAGCAGCUACUUUUUCCUCUCAGAGCUUGCAUGGCACGAUGUCGACAUCUCGCAUGAAGAUUGAACUCUAGAUCAUAUAUAUAAACUAUCAAGCAUACAAGUGUCCUUUGUAUAUAUAGAUAUAUAUAUAUAUAUAUAUAUAUAUCGAGUCGAUCGGUCUGAAGCAGCCAGGGGAGCUACAAACUGACAACCGUUGGGUCCGAGCACGAUAUUCGUGUGAAGAGUUUUCAUCAAUACCACAUUCUACUAUUGUCAACGGCGCGAGGGCGAUAGCCAGUCGAGUAUUCAGUAUCAUGAUGUUCUUUUGUGUUAUCAUGAGAAUGUUGUUAUUACUCGUCGAUUCAGCAAUCUUUUCCUUUCUUUUUUUUUUUUUCCGUCUUAUUCGUCGCAAUUCUCGCCUUAAUCAGAAGUACUUUUCUACUCCCUUGAACUGUGGAGAAUCUUCGUUUUUUUUCUCUCUCUCUGAAAACAGCUGUGUAUGUAGGGGACCAAUAUUGUUGAAGUCACAUUUAUAUCUCAUUGCUGAAUUUGUUGUCACAAAAGUCCUGUUUUUGCUGCAGUA